AUGUCGAACAACACCCACCACACUCCCCCAACAAGCCCUUCACCGCAAUAUGCCUUCGAGCAUAGAAAGCAUGCCGCCCUGAAAGACCGGAGGACGCCCCUGACCCCCGAACAAUGGUUCAACGUCAACCAAGCGAUCAAGAAGACAGUCGACGCCGUACUGGCCAAGAACUACGAACUCGACGGUCUCGGGCCCGGCGAGUGGGAGCUCGACGUCGAGCUGGGCGUCUCCCUCGUCGCCGAAGUCAGGUACAGGCCGCUCAAAAAGCAAUGCUCGUUGAAUGAUCCCAAGCUCAAGGCCAAGCUCCGCAAGAUGGCACGCGAUGUCACGCAUGGGGAGUUCCGUCAUACGUACGAUGGUGGCAAGGUGUGGUUCUUUUUUCGACUGGUCGAUCCCGAUAUUGUUGCGCAGUUCCCCGUUGAGGAGGAGCAUCCGAUUGAGGAUGUUCAAGAUGGCAUGGCCCAGGUCGAAGAGGCCCAGGUCAAAGAGGCCCAAGACGUCAAGCACAGAUACUCUGGGCAGGAUGAGGAUGCGCAAACAGACAGCGACACGGAGGCCGCUGGCAUAGCCUAA